AGCCAGUCAAGUUCAAGUGUUCAAGUGAAGCAGCCGCAACAUACGCAACAGAUCCCGCAGCAGCAUCAUCAGCAAUUACAGCAGUUGUAUCCAGUUGUGCUAAGUGAAUUCCUUAUCGGGUCAGGUGUAAACUAGUGCGAAAAUGUCGCAAUCCGAUAACGUGGCACGUGAGCAAACUGCGGCAAAUGCAGUGCCGGAGGCAUGUCAAGGCUGCCGCGGCCAGUUGCCACGUGCCACGCCCGUAGAAGUGGAGGACAUGGCCACCCCGUCGCUGGAGAAACUCAUUCGGAAGGCCAACAUGGCCCAGAAAAUGCUGAACGAUGUGAUGAAGCAGAUCCAAACGGAAUCUCAGCUCUCCACCAAGGAGACCAAGUCCAAGCACCGAAGUUCCGAUGGAGGUAAACGCAGACACAGAGGACGCAAGCAUGGUCAUCACACUAGCUCAUCUUCCAGCUCCAGUUCCGACCAUAGCGACUGCGAGCUGAUCCUGGCGGAGCAGGAGGAACACAUGCCUAGGAGGAGACACAUCCGGGAUGAUCGCAAGCGGGAUCGCUCCAGGUCUCGUGGUCGUUCCCGUGGUCACUCUCGUGGCCGUUCUCAUGGGCGUUCUCGUUCCAGGUCCUACACCGAUUCCCGACGAUCCCGAGCAUUGCCGUUGGCUCUGCCCGUUCGGAUUUCAGUGUGAGUAUCUGGCUGCAUUCAAUAUUACCAAAUAUCCAUUAUCCAUUUUAAAAGUUAAGUGUGCACAAAAAAAAAACCCAAAAAAAAAA